AUGAGAGAAGUCAUCAGCAUCCAUGUCGGUCAAGCGGGUAUCCAAAUUGGAAAUGCAUGCUGGGAGUUAUUCUGCUUGGAGCACGGAAUUCAGCCAGACGGCCAGAUGCGUUCCGGAGACACAGCCGCAGACGACUCGUUCAACACGUUUUUCUCAGAAACCGGUGCUGGUAAACACGUUCCACGUUGCGUGUUUGUCGAUCUGGAGCCAACAGUUAUUGAUGAAGUGAGAUCAGGAACAUACCGUCAGUUGUUUCAUCCAGAACAGCUUCUGGCGGGCAAAGAAGAUGCAGCGAAUAAUUUCGCACGAGGUCACUACACAAUCGGAAAGGAGAUCGUUGAUUUGUGCUUGGAUCGCAUCAGAAAGCUCGCAGAUGCUUGUACUGGCCUUCAAGGAUUCUUGAUGUUCAACGCUGUUGGAGGUGGAACGGGGAGUGGUUUGGGUUGUUUAUUGCUAGAGCGACUCUCUGUCGAUUAUGGGAAGAAAUCAAAGCUCAAUUUUUGUACCUGGCCCUCCCCUCAAGUUGCAACAUCCGUCGUCGAGCCCUACAAUUCAGUUCUCUCAACACAUUCCCUAUUGGAGCAUACUGAUGUUGCAGUGAUGUUGGAUAAUGAAGCGAUUUAUGACAUCUGUAAUCGUAAUUUAGAUAUUGAGCGCCCAACUUACACAAAUUUGAAUCGUUUGAUCGGACAAGUCAUUUCAUCUCUCACAGCAUCACUGCGGUUUGAUGGUGCGCUCAAUGUUGAUGUGACGGAAUUCCAAACAAAUCUUGUGCCAUAUCCUCGCAUUCACUUCAUGCUGUCCUCCUAUGCUCCAAUUAUUUCCGCUGAAAAAGCUUAUCAUGAACAACUCUCCGUAGCAGAAAUCACAACAGCUGCAUUUCAACCAACGAAUAUGAUGGCGAAAUGUGACCCACGUCAUGGGAAGUAUAUGGCAUGCUGUUUGAUGUACCGCGGUGACGUCGUUCCAAAGGAUGUGAAUGCAGCAGUUGCCACCAUCAAAACAAAGCGGACAAUUCAAUUUGUUGAUUGGUGCCCGACUGGUUUCAAAUGCGGCAUUAACUAUCAGCCCCCAACCGUCGUCCCUGGUGGAGACCUUGCGAAAGUCAUGCGCGCUGUUUGCAUGAUAUCGAACUCUACAGCGAUUGCUGAAGUUUUCAGCCGCAUGGAUCACAAGUUUGAUUUGAUGUACGCUAAGCGCGCAUUUGUGCAUUGGUAUGUCGGUGAAGGUAUGGAAGAAGGGGAGUUCAGCGAAGCAAGAGAAGACUUAGCAGCAUUAGAGAAAGAUUACGAGGAGGUGGGAAUCGAAACGCAAGGUGAAGAGGGUGAUGAAGAAGGGGUGUUUGAGGGAUAA